CGACUGCGACUUUACGCCUCCUCUCCUAUUAUUACUCUCUUGCCCGUAUAUUACUGCCCGAUCCCCCGCCCCUACGUAAAUGCAUCUCCAUUCUUCGGUUCCGCAUCCAACCCAACGCCUGCUUGCGGCAUCAUCGUGAUUGCGCUCGUGCUUUGUUUCACCAGACAUCGCACUUCUAACCUUUCCCGCCCCGGACGCGCUCCGACUCGCCGUCCCUCGUUAUCAAAGUCCAUCUCACCCAUCUCACCCGUCAUCACCAUGGACACCUCCUCCUUCUCCGACACCGAAUUCGAGCUGCAGCCCACAGCCAACGACGACAUCCCUGAGGAGCCCGACAUGAUUCUUUCAGACGAUGCCGCAAACAGCGAGAGCUUCGCACCCCCGCCACGCAUCGCUGCCCGCUUUCAUCGCCCUGCCAACAACCGCCGCAUCUCAUCUGCUGCCUCUUCACGCCGAAAUUCGCUGUCCUCAACACAUUCACACACUUCCAGCCGCUCCUACCGCAACAACUGCCAAAGCCACCAUGUUGCCCAACAUCUCCGCCGUGCAUCUAUACUCGAGUCCCGCAAGGCCCGUCUAGCAGACCGCGCUGCCCACGCCGAACAAGUACGCUUACGCGCUGCCCUCGCAAAAGCAACAUCUCCCAACUCAAAGAGAGAGGAACGUGCGCUGGCCGCUAAAGAGGCUCGUGAGCGACAUCUCGCCCAAGUUGCAGCCGCCUGCGCCGAGGAAGUCCGCCGUGCGAAGAAGGUGGCAGAAGAGAACAAGGAACGAAAGGCCGCUGAAGAGCGCAGAUAUAGACAGGAGAUGGACGACAAGCUUGCUGAAGCUGAAAAGAGGCGGAUGGAGUACAAGCGCUCCUCUCGCAGGCCGAGAACCGCCAGCUCUCCUCCGGCUGAUGCGAAGAAGAUUACUCAUCAUUCAGCUGUGUCUUCAGAGGAUGCUGCAAAACGCAUCCAGAAUGCUUGGAGGGCCAGGUCCCGCAAGAAUAUCGUGGACGCCUGGCUGGAUCUCGGUUUGUCCAUCGAUAAGGUUCACGACACAAGCUUCGACGAAAUUGCGGGUCUGCUUGCCGCAGAAAAGGUCUUGACCGCCACAGAGAAAGUCAUGACCUUGUUUGACUUGAUCUCCGAGUCCGACCCCGCUGCCCGAAGCAUUUCCGUGCGUUCCUUCCUUUCUUCGUACCUUAUUCUGGGACAUCCCGCGCAAGUCUUGAGUCAAGACGGGGACCAAGAGCAAGACUUGAUCCAAAAGGCCAAGGAACUUAUUUUACAGUUUGAAGCUGCUCUAGGCAAGCUUACGACAUUCAACUAUUAUACACCAUCGCCUACGCGCGCCGAGACGGUCUCCUUGGCCUACGGCGCAUUCAUGACCGCUUUCGGUGAUUGGAAAGCUCGAGAUUCCUCGCGACUCAUCGAAACUAUGGUCGCCUCGUUCGUCAGUUUGGACGCCAUUUGGCAGAGUGUCAAGGAUGACACUGUGGACGAAGUGGCAGUCGAGUACAAGCAUGGUAUCAGAGACAACCAGGCUAUCUUACUCAGUAAGAUCAAGAAGCUGGCUGGCCCGGAACGGGCUCUUGGUCUGAUCAGGAAAGCGAUCCGCGAGAGCCGAAAGUCAAGACCAAGGAAGAAGCCCGCUGGCGAGGUUGCACGCCCACGAGUCGCUAUUGACUCUGGUUCCCCCAUUACAGACGAGGACGCGGCCCUACUCAACGACGCUGCAUCUCACCUGCAACAGCGCAAUGAUGCUUCCCAAGGCGAAGGGCACCAGGCCCAGUCGUUAUCCCAAAUUUUCACUGUUGUUCCGACCAAUCGUGUUUUGGUUCACGAGCUGUCCAUCGACAAGGAAUAUAGGAUUGACGCAUCCCCUACGGCCAGUAGGCGGAAUGCACUGAACCGUGGACUUUGCGAUGGCAUGAUUCGCGGCUUCGAGGCCGGAGAAGGUACCAAGUGGACCGUGGCAAUGGCAGAAAACAUCAGAGGGAAACUUCUCCGAUUGCUAAAGCCUGGGAAUUCAAUGUAUGAACUCAUUUCGGAAACAUUGGAUCCUGAGUUGAUUAGCAACCAAUGCGACCAGGAAAUGUUUUCGUAUGAGAAGUUUUUUCACUUCAUUGCCGGCAUUCUUCCCAAGCUUUGUGCACCAUUCCGCGAUGCUGAAGUUAAAGCUUUAGCGGAUGAGUUGCAAGAGGAGGGUCCGCUUCCGGAAAUGAUUGAGAAGUUGUUCAAGCUUUUGCAUAUCAUCGACCUUCUAUCCCUGGAUUAUUCCAACUUCCUCUUGAUGAAUGCAGCUCCCACUCUGAUCAAAGAGGCAUCCGGAUAUGAGCAGCGAAUGUUCACUCAGGAUCUGGAGGAGGGCAAGAUCACACUUGCAAGGACGCAGCGCUGGUGGCGUAGCGCCGCCGUCAACAUGCACACGGAAGCCGACCGCCGUGAUCCAUGGAGUCAACCUACCCCACUGAACCGACCCACGCCUCAGAAGAUCUACGCGCGGGGCUUGGUGGACCUUGCUAUUGCGACGCCACCGCUUCGAGAUUCGGAGAUUCCAGAAACCCUUGAGUUGGACAAGGAACGUCUCUCGCGCAUACGUGAUGAGUCGAUGCGCAUCACGGCCAUUGGCGGAAUCCUGCUGACUGCCAAAAACCUGCUCAAACGAGAUGUACGCUCUCAGUGGAAGAACGAGGCAAACCGCAUGUGGGAAGUUUUGAAGGACGGCUACAUGAAAGACGCGACGACGCCUUCAAAGAUCUCGUCGCUACUUGAGUCUUCGCAUGCCAUGCCACCUUCUACCCGGGCACAGCUGUUGUCCACCAUCACCCGGCUGCUCACCCAAGCAGAAGCAGGCAAGCUACACGAUCCUGUCAUGAAGGUUCUCUUCCAGCGGCUCAAAACUCACAUUUUCAACCGAGUGUCGGCAAGUAGCUCAGGCGAGCGGGUCAAGGCUGCUAGUACGGCUACAGAAGGGCUCGCUACUGCUGGUCUACCGGAAUUCACGACGCAAGUUGGAGACAUCUGCGAGCAGCUCACCAAGGUUAGCGAGGUGGACCGCAGAGCGCACGGGAGGUGGUAUGAAGAGAUUGCGGAGGAGAUGGAGAAGCUGGGUGCUGAGGGACACGAGCUGAUCAGGACGUCGAGUGGGGAAUCGGCUGCUGGUACGGCAUCCAGCUCGUCCUCGGAGUAA